AUGUCCAUUGAUAUAGAUAGCGCAAGAGUAAGCUGGCGACUUGCCUUAUUCAAGUCGGUGAAAAAACGAACAAAGUCUAUUGCUGAUCCAGUCCUGAUGGCCUUUGAGGAUUCGGUACAUUAUCAGAUAAACACUGAAGAUGGGAGGGUGGAGUGGUCCAGCCUAACACCGGGUAAUGGACUUGUUUAUUUGGGGGAGCAGCCUGGUCGCCCAUUCUCGAUCUCAAUGUUCCACCAAUUGCAUUGCCUCGAUAUUAUACAAGAGGAUAUUGUUGGAGCAGACAGCAAUGCGGCUCUGAGCUGUCACUGCCUCAACUACUUACAUCAGAUGAUAAUGUGUCGCAGUGAUGCUCAGCUGGAAAACAUACUAUUGACAAGCAAGGAAGAUUCAUUACAACCAUUUUUUGUGCGACCUGGGACAUAUGUGUGUAAUAAUUGGAAUUCUGUAUUGGAGGAAGUGAAGAAGAACCAGGCUGGAGCUGAGCACUGA